GCGUCUUCAGCAGAAUCUGCAGGCCAGGCAGGCCAGGUAAGCAAAACCAAGGCAUCACCUGAAAUGGCUUCUGCUUCUGUUCCAACGGCAUUACCUCCGAGCUCUGUCACCCAUAACAAGCCUUCAUCCGAAGCCUUCUUCAGGCCAUUACCCCUUAGACAACAGAAGAGGACCCUCUUUACAAAGCCUCUCUCAAAAUCCAAGGUUCAAAUUAAUGCAUCCUUGAAGGAGAAGGCAGUGACCGGACUCACAGCAGCUUCCUUCACAGCCUCUAUGGUGAUUCCGGAGGUGGCUCACGCUGCUGGAUCCGAUUUCUCCCCAUCACUCAAGAACUUUCUACUCAGCAUCUUUGCUGGUGGGGUUCUGCUAGGAGCCAUAUUUGGAGCCGUUAUUGGAGUUUCCAACUUUGAUCCUGUUAAGAGAGCUUAAAGUAUGCUCCCAAUGCUUUUAGUUUAUCUGUACUUUUCAUCGUUCUCGCUUCCUGUUUCAUGCAACUGGUUCUGCUAUGUGCUUACUAUAUCCCAGCUACACUUUAUAUUCUCCUUGUGCUUCUGAAGUUUAUAACAUAUAAUUGCCGAAUUGCGUUUGAAGUUUGAA